AUAGGGAUUUUCCCAGCUCCCGGCUGGAGGCAGCCCCUCCAUUACGGACCUGGCACCGCUCGGCCCCUGCCCCGCGGCCCCUUCCCGUCCAGCCCCUGACCUUUGCACAAGCCCCGGAGCCGGCGGUGGGAGGGUAUAAAGUGGGACCCGGGGCUGCCCCAGCCCCAGAGCCCGGCUCAGCCAUGAGGGUGUCCCUGCUGCUCCUGCUCGCCUGCACGGCCGUCCUGGCAGCACAAGCAAGGGCCGAUGAGCCGGGGGAGCCCGAGGUGCUGGUGCGGAAGGUGCAGGAGUACGCGCAGAAAGCAUCGGCCAUGGCCAAGAGCGCCCUGAGCAGGGUGCAGGAGUCGGAGGUGGCUCAGCACGCCAGGCAGUGGCUGUUGGAUGGCGCGGAGCUGGCGAAGCAGCGGCUGGCGCGGCUCAAGGAGAAGCUGGUGCAGCUCUGGAAGGGGACAUCGGCCGUGUAGCACCGGGGGGGAACGGACAGGAUGGGGACCCCCAGAUCCCCUCCCACUGUCACAGUGCUGGCAAUAAA